AUGGCCGAUUCCGACCCCCGCUACCCGCGCUCCUCCAUCGAGGACGACUUCAACUAUGGCAGCUGCGUGGCCUCCGCCAGCGUGCACGUCCGCAUGGCCUUUCUAAGAAAAGUCUAUACCAUCCUUUCUCUGCAAGUUCUCUUAACUACAGUGACAUCUGCACUUUUUUUAUACUUUGAGUCUUUACGGACAUUUGUACAUGAAAGUCCUGCCUUAAUUUUGGUGUUUGCCAUUGGAUCUUUGGGUUCGAUUUUUGCAUUGAUUCUAAACAGACAUAAGCAUCCUCUUAACCUGUACCUGCUUUUUGGAUUUACACUGUUGGAAGCUCUUUCUGUGGCCUGUGUUGUUACUUUCUAUGAUGUGUAUAUUAUUCUCCAAGCUUUUGUACUGACUACUGCAGUAUUUCUUGGUUUGACUAUGUAUACUCUACAAUCUAAGAGAGAUUUCAGCAAAUUUGGAGCAGGACUGUUUGCCGUUUUAUGGAUUUUGUGCUUGUCAGGAAUCUUGAGGUUAUUUUUUUAUAGUGAGACAGUGGAAUUGGUUAUGGCUGCCUUAGGAGCCCUUCUUUUCUGUGGAUUCAUCAUCUAUGACACACAUUCACUGAUGCAUAGGCUAUCACCUGAGGAGUAUGUAUUAGCUGCCAUCAGUCUCUACUUGGAUAUCAUCAAUCUAUUCUUGCACCUGUUGCGACUUUUGGAAGCAGCUAAAAAGUGA